GCUACGAGCACAGCGCCCCGUAACCUGCUAAUGGAGAUGGCCGAUUGAUGGCACGUGCAUGGGCUGCACACCUUCACGAUCGGUUGUUUUGCUGCUGUUCACACGCUCGCUCUAAGUGGCUGGGUAGCUUAUCAGUCUCAGGCCUUCUUGCUUCCCUCACCAUCUUCCCGUGCACCUAGCCGCCGCCACAAGCGCGAUAAGGGUGAAGCGGGGAUCACGGAUGUGCUUACAAUCGCGCAAAACAACAGCAAGCAACCUUCCGAAAGCCGCCUUUGAAGAGUGUGGAGAACAUUAUGUAAGAGUGGAAGUCCACAGCAGUGCGGAGCCAUAACAUUCAUCGAAAGUCGUCGUGGUCGUCGUCCCCGUUGAAUCACUCCCUGUGCGUCGACUGAUUGGGGUGGAUCGCGUGCGUGCGAACAUUGAACAGUGCAGCGUUCGCUGGCGGAGGGCAACAUCCGGUAGGGUGAAAAUGCAGCAGCUGUGGUGAAAUAAUUGUAACAUCGAUUGCAGUGAUUUUUAUCCCCCACCCCGCCCCGGAAGGAGUUCUAAAAACAUCUAAGAAGACUCGAUUCAUACUCGAGCUGCUCCCUCGACCAUCGACCUCUUUUGAUUGAAUCGAGUAAUACCGUAACGGAACGGAAACGCGCACGACGCGACGAUACGCACGAUGGUGGAAAAGCUCGACACACGGAGCUGUGUCUUUUCCCUGCUCUACUCGGUCGGUUCGUUUGCGGUGGCAUGCGCCAGUCUGUCCACGCUCAACCCGAGUGAUCGCAUAUCGGUGCAGAAAGGUGCGCUGCUUAUCAGCUUCGGGUUCGUGUACUUUGUCGCACUUACCGAGUUUCUCAACAAACUGCUGCUGAGGACACCGUUCGGGCACAGCUUCGUCAAGCGCUACCGGUUGCGCGUUUCCGAUGUGCUGGACAUAACGAACAAGCUCGUCUCCGCCGUACAGGCCGCCUUUUCCUGCAUUGCCGGACUGUUUGUGUGCCGCUGGUCAUGCCCGAGAAACUUUCUGCACGCCUCCCACUUCCUAUCCGAGUCGUACGCGUGGUUUGCGGCAUCGUACUUUUUCUACGACCUUUGGUCGAUGUACAAAAUCUACGCCGCUGAAGCAGCUAUUAAGAUAAAGGUAAAGCUCGGCUUGCAAAGCUCGGCAGUGGCCGGGGAUAAUAAUAACGUGGGCGCUGGAAGCAACGGCGGCACGGCAGCGAAUGGAGCACUGGCGGAAAAGACACUGCAGGCGCUGGACGACAUUCCCAGUGUGGGGCAGGGCACACUUUCGUUCGUGAAUCCGUGCAAACUGGGUAUUCCAAGCUUUGCCAAAUAUCUGUCAACGCAUCCUUUGAUGGUGUUCCAUCAUCUGUUCAUCGGGUCGUAUGGGUUGGUUGUCAUAUCGUAUCUUCGCGGUGGACUGGGUGAUUGUGUGUUUAGCUUCAUGUUUAUGAUGGAGCUUUCCACACCGUUCGUAUCAUUCCGUAGCAUUUUGAGCGUGAUGGGAUUGAAACAGUCGAAACUGUACGUGAUCAACGGGCUGGUGAUGCUGGUCACGUUCUUCUGGUGUCGCGUCUUUCUAAUGCCGUACGUCUGCUACUACUACAGCCAGGUGGUGAACAAACCAUUUUUUGAGGCCGUAUGGAAUCUGCCGUGGGGAUGCAAAGCAAGCAUUUUGGCACUGUUUCUGCCCCAACUCUACUGGUUCCGUUUGAUGGUGCGAGGUGCAAUGAAGGUAUUUUUCCCACCGAAAAACAAACGCAACACAAAGCUUGCGGCCAACUCGUGCGCAAACGAAGUGUCCACCAACGGGGAAACCAUGAAAGCUUCCCAAUCCAAAGAUAGUGAAGUACGGUCUCUAAUGUAAGGAUAAACAGUGUUUAGGCAACAGUCGGACAACAAGAGCGCGUUUUGGGCAGGAAAAAGGGGGCGGCGAAAGUGGGUGAGCAUUGACUCUAUAGGGCAUUGACAUCUUAGUAAAUGUUAAUGAAUAAGUGUUAUUUUGUGUGUAAUUUGAAUGUAUAUUCACCGACAUGUUCGAUGUAGUAUGAUUCAACGUUGACGAGGCAUUGCGAGGCAUUGAGCGACGUGAGUGAAUAGCGCCGCAUGGAAUAAUCGGACGUGACGGAAGGGUCGGAGAAGAAAAAGACGGCUAGCGAGGAUGGGAGAUCUUUAGCAGGGACAACUUACUCACUUCCAUGUUGACAACCAAGAUAGAACAAAAUGUGCUGCUGCUUAGUUUACUAGUCAUAGUAUUUGUGUUUCCUUUUGUUUUGUUUUUUGUUCACUCUAUAUGUAAACAGGAACAUGUAAUAGCUCUUAACACUGCAACAACAAACAAUGCGCUCAGCCACAGGGAUAUGUUCAAACAUACACAAACACACAGGAUCUUCCAGCGGUGUUCUUUUGGGCGAAGUGUCCACUGUACGAACGCGGUUUGUUUAUUUGUGAAUGCCCCUUGAUAAGUUAUACCACGCAAAUGAUGCAACAAAACCAAACGUAGGAUUACGAUCAUACAUAAAUACCCUUCCCAUACACAUAAACAUACGCACGCGCAUCCCCAUACAUAUUAUACUAUAUUGUAUUGUUGUUAGUAGAGGAGCAUACACGCGCGGUGGUGGCUUCGAUGCAGGAGCAGGAGCAACAACACAACCAUUACUUAUACAGCGAACAUCUCUUAUCGGUAGGUGAUAGACUUUUUUGUGCAUUUUUUCUACAAAACAUUUAGCAAACAACAGCGCACAACGUUUUCGUGCGAACUAGUUUACAAGAGUACGGUUAUACAUGUACACCACCACAGCCCACACAGACACAUUGAACCGUGAGUGCGCGAAUGGGGCAGUUACUAAGGACUAACGGUGAGAUUAGAGCAGAAGCAAGCCGAAAGAAAAGCAAACCGAUAGUAAAACAAACAAAAAAUAUUCAUAUAACUAAUAAUCAAUGGAGCUUUCAUAUUAGUGUGAUGUUUACCAUGUUGUUGUUUAGGCACACAGCAAGAGGGCGGCGAGUCGAACGGACGAGCGAAAUCAUAAGAAAAAAAAAAUGCGGGGAUGUAAAGACAACCAAACCAUGUUUGUUGAAAUACAUUUGAGGGAGAAUCCGGUAUCGCUCACCCUGAACGCGGCCCAUGAUCAAAUCAUUACAUUCGGACGGAAAGACGGAAUAGCGUAUCAAAUUUAGGUUGAACAGAUAGACUGUCUUGUAGGCGCGGUAGCAGAUGAGGUAGCGUAAUAAUUGGCUUACAUACAUACACACAAAAAUUUUCUGGAGAGAUUUUGAAAUGAAAACGAAACAAUCUUGCGAUGCGAAAAGGGAUUUGGCCUCCCGGAGGUGGUGCUGCUGCUGAGGGUUGUUUAUAGCAAGGCAAACUAUAGGAUGAAGGCGUAACGUUGCAAUCCCUUUUGUAUCGCACCUUGCACCUACUAUUCCAAUUGCAACAAUGUGAAAAGAUGAUGGUGGAAAAAAAGCCCCCGUCGCUGGAAUUCUUGUACGAGGGAUGUGUUGUGUUUGUGUACCAAUUUACAUAAAAAAUAUAAUGUGUACUGGAACUUUGUA